AUGUCCAAACGAACCCUAGAAUCCUUCUUCAAGCCCAAAGUCAACGUCACGCCCGUCAAGCGCGUCAAACCCAACGACAUCACCGACCACACUCUCACACACCCGCUUGAAACCAAAUGCGAGAACGACCAUCAUCAUGACAAUAGCCACGAUGCCGACACCGACAUCGACACCAAUCUCGGCCCACCGGACUCCCACCCAAGCUACCCAAUUCCCAUCCCGCAACUCCCCUCGCACAUCGCCGUGGCCUUGACUCACGGCACCCCCGCCAAAGAGGCUCGCGCCAUCACCAACCAACCGGACCUCGACCUGCUCUACUUCCAGCCAUACAUAGCCCGACCCACCGCCAACGAGCUCUUCAAAUUCCUCCGUCGCGAAUUGCCCUUCUACCGCGUCCAAUACUCCAUCAAGCGCGGGGCCGUCGAGACCGAAAUCAACACCCCUCGGAUCCAAAUCAACACCAGAAUCUGGAACACAACCCUCAUCCUCACCCUCCCCCUUCGCAUCACUCAUCCCCGUCGAAAAGACAUCCCAAACCCCCAUCCGCGCCUCCAAAUACCAAUACACCCGCGCCCUAUCCCAACCUGUCUUGCCCACCUCCAAACCAGCGUUGAACGCGUCACCGGCGCACGCUACAACUUCUGCCUCGUCAAUUACUACGCCGACGGCAAUGACAGUAUCUCCUACCACUCGGACGACGAACGAUUCCUCGGCGCACAACCGGAUAUCGCAUCGCUCAGUCUGGGCGGAGAACGUGAAUUUCUCAUGAAACAUAAACCGGCUCCGACCACGACCACAACGGGAGGCCCUGCGUUGCAGACCCAGCCCGUCAAGAUGCCUCUUGCGUCGGGAGACAUGGUGGUCAUGCGGGGAGCUACGCAGUCUCAGUGGUUACAUAGUAUCCCGAAGCGGAAGGGGAAGGCGGGAGAUGCGGUGCGAGGACGGAUUAAUAUUACGUUUCGCAGGGCGAUGAUCCCGGCGGGAACGAAUAAUUAUUAUCGGUAUAAUGUUGGAGUGGGGCCUGUUUGGCGGUGGGAUGAGACGAGGCGGGAGAUGGUGAAGAUUCCUGAGGAAUCGGAGGAGUUUAUCCAUGACAAGGCGGAGGAGAAUGGGGAGAGCGAUGUAACAAGAGGAGGAGGAUGA